AUGGAAGACCUUAUCCAUACCCUAUCCAGAGGAAACAACACCACUGUUGUGACGCAGACACAGCAAAUAACGCUCCUCCAAUAUGUGCAGUCGCUGACAACAACCACCCGGCUUAUACUGUUUGUCUGUCUUGUUACCUGGGCAGCGUGGUCUGUCACGCGGCAUCGCAGGUUCUACAAUGACCUGCCCAAACCGCCACACUCCUGGUGGUUCGGCCACCUGGCUCUCUUCCGGCAGACGGUGCGCUCCCUGCCGAAGAGAGUGCACCCGCACGCCAUCAUCCUCGCCAUCCAGCAGCGGUACAAGCUCCCUCCCGUCUUCUACCUGGACUGGUAUCCCAUCUUCGCGCCCAUGAUCAUCAUCACCGACCCAGCCGUGGCCACGCAGCUCACCAACGCCGAGAACCUCCCGCGCCACUCGGUCGUGCAGGACGUCAUGGGCGAGCUGGUCGGCCGGCACUCGGUCUUCUGGAGCAACGGGCCCGAGUGGAAGCACCUCCGCUCGACCCUCACGCCGGGCUUCUCGACCACCUACCUGCUCCAGCGGGUGCCGCGCAUGCUGCACCACAUGCUCGUCUUCGAGGAGAUCACCGCCAGGCUCGCCGCCGCAGGCGAGCCGUUCCCCAUCCUGGGCCGGCUCAUCUCCAUGACCAUCGACGUGAUAGGCGACCUGAUGCUCGACGUGCGGCUCGCCGCGCAGGACGAGACCGAGUUCCACCCCAUCGUGCGCGAGUUCCGCGCCGCCAUGAAGUUCACCUGGGAGGGGCUCAAUUUCUGGGAGAAGUACGUCAAGCUGCCGGGCCUGCGCUGGCACUCGCGGAAGCUCGAUAACCUGUUGGCGGAGGAGAUCAAGAAACGCUGGGAGGCCGGCACGUACCAGGCGCCUGAGACGGAGGCGGGGAUCGAUUUGUUUUUGAAGAAGUAUGAUGAGGAGAAGAGGCCGAAUAAGGGAGAGAGGUUGGAUAAGUUGUUUUUGGAGCAGUGUGUUCACAAUACCAAGGGCAUGCUUAUCGCAGGUCAUGAUACCACGGCCGGUACCAUCGCAUACUGCCUGCUGGAACUAGCGAAACACCCAGACAUCCUCGCCCGGGUCCGGGCGGAACAUGACGAACUAAUUAGCCCGUCGCGCGAGGGGACGAUCAAGAUCCUGGAAGAAAACCCAACCAAACUGCACGAGCUGCCCCUGACCACAGCCGUCGUCAAGGAGGUUCUGCGACUCUACAGCCCAGCUUCCACAAUCCGCAAGGCGGGAGACAACCACACAAUAACUUUCGACGGUAAGAUAUACCCAACAAAAGGCCACGCGCUCUGGGUCGUGCACACCUGCUUCGGCCGCGACCCGAAUCUGUUCCCGGAACCCAAUGCCUUCAAGCCCGACCGCUUCCUCGCGCCGCCGGGUACCAUCCCGCCCGGCGCGUGGCGCGCCUUCGAGAAGGGCCCGCGCAGCUGCAUCGGCCAGGGCCUGGCGCUGAUCGAGAUCAAGCUGGCGCUGGUCGUGCUCUGCCGCCGCUUCGACUUUGCCCUGGCCUACCCCGAGGGCAGCCCGACCCUGCCGCUCAUGGGCGAGCAGGCCUAUCAGGUCAUGGAUUUUGUGCCCGUGCCGGCCGGCGGGAUGCCCAUGACUGUUAGGGAGAGGGAGUACGUGGCUUGA